GUGUUGGCAAGGAAAUGCCAACUGAUGUACUCAAAUUACCUCCUCCAGAACGUUGCUCUAAAUGUUGUACAUUUAGAUUUGUUUUUUGACCCUCUGGCUUUUUUUGUUCUGAUGGUGAAGUUGAAAUCACUUCUAAUUCGUUCCCAUCGGAUCUCAUUAGGCUCUUUACUUCACAUGACGAUUAUUCUGUAAAUUCUGUAUCCUCUCUCCUCACUCUUUCUUUUCGUUGUCUCCCUCUUCUCUCUCCUCCUUUGCUUGCUUUUUUCCACUCUGCUGUUUUAAGCCCACCAAUGGCAAGUUACUUUUUGGUUUUCUUUCAUUGAUUUUUUGUUGAUAUUUUCUAUGUAUACUAAUGUAUGAACUUUGUAACUAUUUUAUAUAUUUUCAAUUUCUUAAUGUUUCUUCAUCAAUAUUCAUCUUUCUCUUUCCUAAUUCCUCCGAUCCAAGAAGUUUCUUUUUUCCCCUCAAUUUUUGAUUGAGAAUUGAUUAGACUUUCAAUUCUUUCUUGUUUCAGAUUUCACAAGCUUUGGUUACGAUUGAACUACGGAGUAAGCGUUGUAGCUUGUUUCCAAUACUCAAUGGCUUCAUCGAACCAAGCUUCCGGAAUUUGAGAAUCUCAUUGUUGAAUGGCAUAUGCUCCCCAGUCAGAAUAGGACUAGGCCGGUCAAUUCCUUUCCUCAGAACCACACUUAACAACUUUUUGAUGAUGAGAAUCUGUUGGUGAGAAUCGAUAUGUCAGAGUAUAUGGAGCAACAUUCCAUGGCCCCGGUUGAUUGGUGCUCCUCCGGGAUAUGUUGGCCAUGAAGAAGGUGGGCAACUAACUGAGGCUGUCAGAAGGCGGCCUUACAGUGUCGUUUUAUUUGAUGAAGUCGAAAAAGCGCAUGCAGCUGUUUUUAAUACUCUCUUGCAAGUGCUCGAUGAUGGGAGACUGACAGAUGGCCAAGGCCGGACUGUUGACUUCAGGAAUACAGUGAUCAUUAUGACAUCUAUAAUCUUGGGGCAGAACAUCUCCUCUCUGGGCUUCUAGGCAGGAGUACAAUGGAUGCUGCUCGAGAAAAAGUGAUGGAACAGGUGAGGAGACAUUUCAAGCCUGAACUGCUAAACCGUCUGGAUGAGAUUGUAGUCUUCGAUCCUUUAUCACAUGAGCAGCUAAGGAGGGUUGCUAGGCUGCAGAUGAAGGAUGUUGCAAAGCGUCUUGCUGAGAGGGGAAUCGCUUUGGGAGUCACAGAUGCUGCUCUGGAUUAUGUCUUAGCAGAAAGCUAUGAUCCAGUGUAUGGUGCAAGGCCUAUCAGGAAGUGGUUAGAAAAGAAGGUGGUGACUGAAAUGUCGAAAAUGCUUAUAAGAGAGGAAAUAGACGAGAACUCAACCGUCUAUAUCGAAGCUGGAUCAAGGGACUUGUUUAUCGUGUGGAAAAAAAUGGCGGGAUGGUGAAUGCUGCUACUGGACAAAAGGCGGAUGUCCUGAUUCAGCUCCGUAAUGGACCAGGGUAACUCAAGCUGCGAAGAAGAUUAAAAUUCAGGAACUAGAUGAUGAUGAGAUGGACUGAAAAACUGACGGAUGAUUUUUGUUUCUUUUAGAAGCUUUUCCUCUUCUUUUCGUGGGUUUACAACUUAAAGAAGAAAGGAAAAAGAGGCUGUUAUAGUUGGUUUGUCUUCAAGUUGUAUAUAGCGUAGUUGUCUCUAGAGUUGUAAUGCCGUUUGUCACUUCUGGUUUGUGUCAAUAUAAAAGAAGUUAUGUUGGUUUUUGCA